AUAGAGCUCUCCCAGCCCAACCACAGCGAGAGCAUAACGCAUAUCUGUCGGCUUGGAUGCAGCAGCUUCCUCUCUGCUUCAGUCAGUCAGUCAGACCGCCGAGGACACUGCCGGAGGAUCCAGCCCCACACAUCUCUGCUGAAGUAAGUCUUAUCACCGAAACGAGCCACACUGCGAUUUAGACUGGGAUCACCUCGGGAAAACACACAAGGAAGGGGUCAAACCUAAAAACUCUCAUCAUCCGCUGCCUCAUUUUAAACUUGAUACCGGAGUAUGAGAGUCGUCGGCUCGGAUGCAGCUCCACACCGGCUUCAGAAGUUGGACAGCCCGCAAUUUGAAUGCCAUGACUCUUGACUUUAGACAAGAUUUCCAGCGCAGUGCAGUAUUUAAGAAACCAAAAGGUGGACUUCUCCCUUUUGUGCCGAUUAUGUCCUCGGAGGGUGUUAUUAUCUGAUCAACAUGUUGCACCUAAUAGGCACCUUUAGUCUUUUCUGAGACAUGGAGCAUUAGUCUAUCGAUCCCCGAAGAACCCGUGGGUGCUACUUAUUAUUCACAGUAAUGGAAUGAAGAAACUAUCUCGAUAUGAUGGACGAUAGAUCCAGUAAGCUCAUCUUGGUGCCUAUCUUAGCUGUCCUUUUUGUUAUGAUAGGCUACCAGUACAUAUGUCCCGCUGGCAGCAAUUCGUGCCACUUUAAGGCUGAGGAGAAAUUAAGGGGGGUAAGCCUACUUUCCAUCCCGUACCAGGACAGCGAUGAUUUCUACAGAGAUCAAGACCUGGAGGAUGACAGCCCUCCUAAACUACCGUCAAAAUUCAACUUCACCGAAAGAGACCUUGACAGACACGUGGAGUUCAACAUCAAAGGGGACGACGUGAUAGUGUUUUUGCACAUCCAGAAGACCGGAGGAACCACUUUCGGGAGGCACUUGGUGAGGAAUAUUCGCUUGGAGCAGCCGUGCGACUGCAAGCCAGGACAGAAGAAAUGCACAUGUCACCGACCAGGGAAAGAGGAGUCCUGGCUCUUCUCCCGGUUCUCUACCGGCUGGAGCUGCGGGCUGCAUGCAGACUGGACCGAGCUGACGAACUGUGUACCUGUCAUUAUGGAUAAGAAGGAAGCCCAGAGGAAUAAAAGGAACUUCUAUUACAUCACCAUGCUGCGCGACCCCGUGUCCCGCUACCUGAGCGAGUGGAAGCACGUCCAGCGAGGAGCCACGUGGAAGACGGCCCUCCAUAUGUGUGACGGACGCUCGCCAACCCAGGACGAGCUGCCAAACUGCUACAUCGGAGACGACUGGUCCGGGGUCACCCUGACGGAGUUCAUGAACUGCCCGUCCAACCUGGCAAAUAAUCGACAGGUCCGCAUGCUGGCUGACCUGAGCCUGGUGGGCUGCUACAACCUGUCCUCCAUGAACGAGAGCCAGCGGAACCACAUCCUUUUGAGCAGCGCCAUGAGCAACCUGAAGAACAUGGCUUUCUACGGCCUGACCGAGUUUCAACGCAAGACCCAGUACAUGUUUGAGCGGACGUUCAGCCUGCGCUUCAUCGCCGCUUUCACGCAGAUCAACAGCACGCGAGCCGCCAACGUGGACCUGAGCGAGCCCGUGCGCAGACGCAUCGAGGAGCUCAACUAUCUGGAUGUGCAGUUGUACGAGUACGCCAAGGACCUGUUCCUCCAGCGAUUCCAGUUCACCCGCCAGAGGGAGCACCAGGAGGUUCGCUUGAAGAGGCGCGAGGAGAGGCGUUGGCUGAGGGAGAAAAAAGAGCAAGGGAGGCCAUGGCCGCCCAAACACAAAGGGGGAGGAAAUGCAGGUGGGAGAAGGGGAGGAGGGUCGGAGAAAGGGACUGAGGGUGAGUUCCCCACCACCACGGAGGACUACACAAGCCAAGUGGCCCGUUGGUGAGGCUGUGGUCUUAAAACAGAGGAGCAGGAGAGAGAUUCCUCACAGACUUGUUUAAAGCUUUGACUCUCUCUCGCACAUCCGGUGUUUCUCUCUCUUUGUCUCACCAAUGAUCUGUCUCAUGCAUCCGUCUGUUUUAUCAGCUUCAGUGUGAUCCAAGUGCUCUGCUGUUUCCUUUAGGAAAACUGCCAAGUCUGUGCGUCUCACAGCAGCUCUGCCUUGGAGUGCCCUUUGGUGUCUUAAAUCUUUAAAUGCUGUUUAUGAAUUGUUUUGGUCAUUUAAUUUUUGCCUUAUCAUGUGUUGAAUAAGACAUUGAACUGAGGUGUAGGAAAAAAAACAAUCAAAAGAAGCUGCCAUUGCUUUAUUUUGACAUUCAGAAGCAACAAUAAGGAAUGUCAUGAAGUAUUUGUUGCAACUGGUGGAAGACAUAUUGCUUUUGAAAGAUGUUGUUGUAGAAGAAGUGAUGCUUGCAUGUCACACGUCCACAUUAUACUGACAAUUGGGGAGAGUGAUUUCCAAAAGAUAUGCAGUACUGUGAGCCAAAGUUAAUUCAAAUCACCAUGUAUUUAUUGUAUUUGUAUUCAAUGACAAUGAAACCCUCUCUAAAGACUUUGUUGUAUGCAUGCAAAACCCAUAUUUUAAACCAAAUUACAGAAGACUAUAUCUGAUUGUUAUAUUUUGGUUACAGUUCAAUAUAUAUUAAUUUCCUCAAGUGCAAUACCUUGCAGACUUCACCACGUCACCCAGAGAUAUCACUUGCUGUACACACAGUGUUAAUCACAAAGAACAUGAGAAAGGAAACAAGUUCUCUGUGAAAAAAGCAUAUUCUGUGAAUAACUCAACAAGUAUGUGGCAGAUAAAAACUUGGUAAAUAGUACAGGUGAUGAAAUGUGUCAGUGUGGCUGGUGUGUGGCCGGACUGUGAACGAGAUGAUCAGCAUUCAGCUCUCACCCCCCCCCCCCCCCCCCGUCACACUGGCUGCUUUUACAUGUUUGUAGAGCUGACGGCACUGUGAGCAGCGAGAGCGCUUUAAUGCCAGCAGAGCCCCCAGCCCACAAACACCAUGCCUCAGAGCAGGGAGUCGAGAAAUAAAACACAUCUGUCAUUUCGUCUGCCCGAACGUUUCCAGUCCCUCAAAUCCAAUCAGCGAGCCAAUAUGUGAAGAUAAAAGAGGGCUUGUUUUUAUCUGCUUAAAUAGGCUUCAGUGAUGCUUUUUUAUGCCUCUCAUCUCAUAUUCACUCAAAACCCCUGCUUGUCAAAUUAAACGCUCUCUAAAUGUCAACACUGAAGUGGUACGGCUGCUGCUAUUUUAAGUCAUUUUUCAUGUUUCUUCUUUUAUUGCCGUUAAUAUGAAAUACCUCGGAUGGCACAGGUUUGUUUCGGUUUGGAGAAUCACCGUCGUCUUGUUUGAGUGAUGAAUUUGGAUCGUACACUGAAUGUGGUGAAUGAAUACAGGUUUGAGCUGUGGGUCUGUAUGGGUGAACUUGUCUGUACGGAUGCACUCACUUCACUGAGAGUGUGGAUGGGUGGAAGAGAACAAAAACAAGGUGUAUAGCACAUUGAUAACUCUCAGCCAAGUGUUUCAAGUGGAGCUGCAGCACUGAAUAUUAAAUCCUUCUGUGCUGCAUGUAUUACUGAAUUCAUGAAGCUUGUGUUGUAGCAGGGAAAUAGAUUUGUGACAAAAUUAUUAUUUUUGAUUAUAGUUAUUGAUAAAGGCUCGUUUUUUAUAUCUGUCUCAAUAAUACUUUAUGCCCUGAACUCCACUCCAUUCAUUUGACUUUGUAACAUGUCAUGCAACAUUAGAUGUAGGUGUAUCAUUAAGAAUGAUCCAAUAACAUGAAAUACUAUGAAAAUAUUCUGAUUGAUUGUCAACAUCUUUGACAAAAUAAAUGUUUUCGUGUAUCUUUACAAAAGGUGUAACCAAAAACUCCUGCUUCAUCAGGACUGUGCGGGUGUGGUUUGAUCAGAUUUAUCUAAAGUACAUCAAUAAAAAAUACACAAAGCAACUCAAUAACUAAACUUCAAAUUCCUACUUAAAUAAAAUUAAAAUGUUAAGUUGGAUACAGGAUUAUAACUGUACUGUAAAUACUUUAAUAAAUGAUGGCUGAAUUCCAUUAAGCUUCAGAUUCAGGGUCCUCAUUUUUUCAUUGUUUGGUUUAAUCAUAAGUAUCAUGUACUUUUCAGAUAAGAAUCUGAAAGGCAUCUAAGCUCUUCAUUUACCACAGGCAACAUAUAUGCAUUAAAUGAUAAUCCUAUUAGACCGGGAGAAUUUCUUUUUUAAAUGGGAAUUUUCAACAGAACGUUUAUUUUGAAAAUGUCUUUUAAUAAACCAACAUGCAUGCACUGCUGUGUCACAAGCUGUAGAAAUGACAAUGUUCCCCGAUGACAGAUGGCAUGAGCACUGCAGGAGCAGUACGUGUGCUGUACAGCUAUAAAUGAAACACUAACGAAAAACUACGUUGUAAAUGCGCUAUAUACCCAUGUUUAUGUGAGUGUGUGAGGUUAUUUUGUCUAUCAUGUGUAUCUUUGUUGUUGUGAUCAUUAACACCUGUGUUGUGCUGCCUCAAAGCCUUCGAUACAGCAUACAGACUGAUCACCUAACUACUAGAGAUUCACUUGAGAGGCAUAGAGCAAAGAAAGGAACAGAAAAGGUUCAAAAUGUAAAUAACAUCUGUUGUGUUCAUGUGUAAAGAAGCUACUGUGAGAGAGAUCACCACAGAGAUCAAAGAAGAAGAAGAGGAAGAAGUAGCACAUCUCAAUCAGCUGUAACACCUGCAAAUAGGGGUUUCCAUGGAGACAGUAACUGCUGAGUGACUCCCGGGUCCGUUCAUUUAGCAAAAAUUGAGCUAAUUUUUGUUUAUUACUCAAAGAGGGUCCUAUAUCCUAAUUUUGACACUGUGCGAGAGAGUGGACUCAGCCGAACGAGUUGCAGCAUAAUAUGUUAAUGUCAAAAACUUGACAACUUGACAACAUAACAUUAUUUAAUUUUCUCAGCAUUAUCAUCGUAAAAUGUCAUGUCAAUGCAGUGAAAAUGAAAGAAUAAUUGUGAUGAGUGCAUUAGGGGUUCUGCUAAAGGCAUCAGUCUUUUCAAACAAACCUUGCUUUAUGAAGAAAUCAACUCAUUUACAGUUGGCAAGGCUGUUCCACCUCUCCUCUCAUCUAAACAGGAAGUGACUGAUCGGUUUUAUUCUGUCUGUAAGCCAUAAUACUGAAGCUACGUAUGUAGGGUUUCUACCUAAAAAUAUAUAUGAAUAAUGUAGUGUAGGUUUAAAGCCUUCAAUAAAGGCUACCAAAGACAGAUCUUUCUACAAUUUAAGUUCAGGCCAAAUAAAAAUAAAUUAAAAAUAAUAAUAAUUACAAAUACAAAAAAUUGAUUAAUCCUGAAUGAGCUGGAAAUGUUGAAAAUAAAACUUAGCCAAUUGCUGUUGGCCAUUAAUCUCAUCAAUUAGGCUACAUUAAGACAUUUACUGUACAUCCAAUACCUUAGCAUAAUCAACAACAUAUUUAGACAGAACACCAACGUGUAAUGGCUGAGAUCUAGUAAAACUUGCAAAAGAUCUUUGAGAAGUCAAAUAUUUGUAUUAUUUAGUCACCGUUGCCAGUGUCUACUUUUAUUGUUCUGUCAGCUGCUGCUUAUUCCCUUGAAACACAGAAAAUGAAUAAGACAUUUAAACUGCAAAAUGGUUAUAAAUAAAACAAAAGUAUACUGCUCAAUUUUUGGCUUAUUAUUUCUGUGACUUCUUAAUACAUAUUUCUCCUAAAAGACUUGUAAUGGACUGCAAAUAGGAAAAGUAAAAACUCUAAAUCUCUUAAACGAUUGUAUAAAUAAAGAAAAGGGGAUAACAAGGAUUUUUCACUCAAAAUGUUAAUGAUAUUUUCAUAAAAGUGUGACAUGCCGCUAUAUUAUAGAAGCAUUGUAUUGAAGUUGUACUGCCACAACAUGUCUCUGAUGAUUUAUCUACAUUUAUUUGUUUAUUUAUAUAGUUUUAACUGUUGCUAAAGAAUGGCUUUGCCUGAUGGGAAAUACCAGAAUUACCAACACCUCAGUGAUGAUGGAAGACAGCUUAGUGUAAGAAUUUAUAUGUACAUGUUAAAGUCUUGUGAUGAAAUGAACGGUUUAAGAGCCUUUUGGCGUGUAAUAUUUAAUCUGCCAUUUUGUCAGAUCUGAAAAAAUGAGUUAAUUCUGCUUAUAAUAUCAGAAAUAAAU